GUACGCAAACGCAAAUUGAAAUGUUCGGCGUCGCGUUGUUGACUAGCGCGCUUCUUGCGUCGGCCGCUGCACGUAUUUACGAUCGCUGCGAACUCGCCCGCGACUUGCAAGCGCUCGGUGUUGACAAGGACCAUCUCGCUACCUGGGUGUGCAUCGCUUUCCACGAAUCGCGUUUCGACACCGCCGCCCGCAAUCCGCACAGUGGUGAUCAUGGACUAUUACAAAUAAGUGAAUUAUAUUGGUGCGGCCCUGGAAAAGCAUGCGGAGCACCCUGUUCUGCGUUCCGAGACGAUGACAUUUCAGACGAUGUUGAAUGUGCUCUACAAAUAUACAAAGAACACACGCGGCUGCAAGGCGACGGUUUCCUCGCUUGGGUGGUUUACCCUCACCAUUGCAGAAAUAAUGCCAAAAAAUAUCUCGCUGAUUGUGAUAGUCAAUUAAAAGAUGUUUCUUAUAAACUUGACGUCGAUAGAGGGCGAGCUUUGAAGACGCGGCAUCGAAGUCGAGGAAAUAACAAUGAUACCGUUCCUUACUACAAAAAAUUCCCCAACAUCGACGAUCUUAAACCACCCUAUAUUCCCAUAAAUACCCUUUUAAGAGGUAAAUUUGAAGAAUCAGAAGGAGAGAGAGAAAAAGAAACGGUUAAAAAUUAUGAUAAUAAUAAUUAUUAUAAUGUUUAUAACGAAAAUAAAAAACAUCCCUUCGAGUGGCUUAAUAACAAACUAUUUAUCACAAGCUCGAUGAAAAUUCCUCUAACAAAAAUUUACAACAUCGAUGAACUCAAGCCACCAGUAUACGAUGGGAAAACAAGGUUUGAAUAUAGUGAAGCUCCUGUUGUUCGCACAACAACAACUCUUCGUACUCCUACUACUACUAUCGAUCCUGCAUUAAGGAAUAUAAAACCACCGAAUCCAAAGAGGAUAGAAUCAAAUCAAUUCCGGCGCCGAAAAAUGAUGACCUUUGACAAUAACAAUGAAAAUAAGAAUUUACAAGUGACGUCUAUUCCUUCGUUCCAUGUGCAUAAUUUUAGAUUUCCGGUUAUUUCAUCGACUUCUAUACCGACCACCACGACGACUAAACGGCCUACAUACAUAGCACAGUCAUAUACCCAAUCCCCGAUAAAUCAAAUUCAAACUUCACCUAAAUGGAACAAGAAAGAAGAGUCACCUCGGGAAGUCAGUCGGAAAAAUAAUCGCCAAGAAACUGUAUUUGUGCCUCUCUCAAGAGCAGAAAUUCCUUCAAAUAAUUCUACAAGUUAUGCAAAACGUCAAGAAUUGAGUGCCUCAACAACACCAACUUCACCAACUUAUUCGCCAUUGCAUAAAGAUUUCGAAAAAGACAGAAAUUUGACCGUGUCAAAUUCGGGGGCUUAUCAGACAACUACGGCGACACCUAUUAGAUUUCAUUAUAUAGGUCAAAAGAGCAAUAGCAAUUUAUGGCAUGUACCAAGUCCGACACCAAGUACUCUUCAAUCUCGCUUUAAAACCAGUAAUAAUCUAGAUCUAUCAUUUACAACAACAAAAGGAAUAGAAACACCUACAACACCUACAUUAUCGACUUUCACGACACCACACACGUGGAUAAAUCAUCAAUUUAAAAACCAACAAGAUUAUGAAUUGAGCACUGUCACACCUCGACCGACACGACCAUGGGUGACAUUUACAUCCAGAACUAAAUGUGCCUCAAGUAGUACAGUUCAAAUGGAAUCGACCACAGCUAGAUCUGCAGCAUCUUCCUCGACGACAAUAAAACAUUCAAACAUACUUCCAAGUCAACAACCUCGUACUACCGCAACGGAAAGAACUACCACCACCACUCAAUCUAUUUUUGACCUCUACUUAAAGCCUACAAAGCGUCCAAAUAUUGUAUUCAAUUUUCCUGAAUUCAAAGACAGGCCAUUCAAAUUAAGAAUAUUUUCUGAAGGCACCACAUCUUCCCCGUCCCAUUUCUACUCAGGACAGGUCAGAUCCUACAGCACUGACAAUAAAAAGCCGGACCAAAAGAUAAGUUGAUCGAUCAAUCUUUAGUUUCCUUAAUUAUAUUACAAAAACACUGCCAUAUUUUAUAUGCUUAUUUUGCAUAAUUUUCCUAGGAUUAGACCAAAAAGCAUUUAUUAAUUAGUAUAAAGACAUGUUUAUUCAUAAUAAUAAAAUUUAAUGUGUUGCUCUUA